CCCCAGUUUUCCUCUUCCCAGGCUGCCUCCCCUCCUCCUCCUCCCUUUCUUCCUUUCGGGCCUGGGCUGCCUCCUCUCCGGGCGCACGUGGCCGGCCGGCGACGCUUCCUUCCCUUCCCCGCGGCCCGCGCCUCGCUGCAAUCCGGCCUCCGCCCAGUCUCCAGCCUCGCGCGGAGGACGGCGGCAGCAGCAGCAGCAGCAGCAGCGGGCGCCUCUGCCACCGGCUCCCCGCGCCACCUUGGCCCUGGCAGGGGGCCCUUUUGCUCCGCCUUGGGCGCGCCGGAGAGGGGUCCCCAAUUCCCCCGAUUUUGCAAAUCAAUCAAUCAGACCCCGGGGGGCGGAUUUGUUUCUUGCACGGUGUGCAUUUGGGCACCCCCUUUUUUUGGUGGUGCAUCUGCAACUGGCAAAAGCAGGAUCCGCUGUGCAAAGCCUUGGAGAAGGCGCGAGGCCGGCAGGAAUCUUCCACAGCCCCCCUUGCAAAACCCCCCAAAAAGCCCCCAAGGCUGCAGGCCCCACGGAGGCCUGGCUGCAAAUCCAGCCGCACAGGUAGAGCUGCCAGGUUGCAUUCUGGGACUUGCAGUUUCUUCUCCCCCCUCCCCGGACUUAAGGAAGCGAGGGCCCCAUGGAGGGAGACAAGGAGCCACCUGCCCGGGGCCACCAGGCUUCCCCGCCGGAGGGUGACAACCCCUUCCCGUUCCCCGCCUGGGAGGAGGGCUCUGGCGACGAGAAUGCCCUGGUCAUCCACAGCCAGGUGGAGGAGGAGGAGCACAAAUGCGCGGCGUGUGGCGAGAGCUUCCCACACCCGCUGAGCCUCUUGCGCCACCAGAAGCAGCAGCACGCGGGCGAGCGGGCCUUCGUGUGCCCUGAGUGCGGGCGCGGCUUCACCCUCAAGCACAACCUCAUCAUCCACCAGAGGAUCCACACCGGAGAGAAGCCCUUUGGCUGCGGCGUUUGCGGCAAGCGCUUCAGCCUCAAGCAGAACCUCCUGACCCACCAGAGGGUGCACGGCGGUGGCGCAGAGGGGGCCCCCUCCUGCCCUGUCUGCGGGAAGACCUUCCGGGAACAGCGCCUGCUCCUCGCCCACCGCCAGAAAGGCGGCUGCGGGCCCCCUGCCCAGGAGAAGCCGGGGGCGCCCUCCCCGCCACGGAUGCACACCCGGGGGAGGCCCCGCGCGCCAAGCGAGGAGGGCGACGUGCAGAGGCCAUUGCGGGUCAAGCACCAGCAGAAGCCCCGCCAGAACGGGGCGGCCUUCCCCUGCCAGGAGUGCGGCGAGGCCUUCGGCCGCCGGAGCAGCCUGGCCGGCCACCGCAGGACCCACCACCAGGCCGAGAGGCCGCUGCCACCACAGGGCGAGGAGGGCCGGAGACGCCCCAAGGAGGCCCCCGCGAGCCCCGGCCGGAGGCUCCAUGCUGGAGACGCCCCCUUCCAGUGCCUGACCUGCGGGAAGAACUUUGCACAGAAGGGCAACCUGGCCGCGCACCGGAAGAGCCAUUUGGGGCCGGAGGCGCUCGGCUGAGGGCGAGGCUGCUGCUCUGAUGUGCCGCGCCUGGGCGGGGCGGUUGGAAGGGGAAGGGGGCGGCCGCAGGGGGGUCCUGGAAGCCGAAGGGCCUGUUUGGGAUGUGGGAGCACGGAGGGGCUAUGGGGACUUGGGGAUAAUGCCUGGGAAGGGGAGGUCAGGGGCCUCUCAGCAGGGCAGCGUUUGCCCUGCCAGGGAUAUGGACCAUAACCGCUCCAAGAACUUGGGAUCCCAUCAGCCGGGGGCAGUGAAGCAUUGCUUGGGGACCCCUCUUCCCUUUCUGAAGCAAAAGCCCGUUUUCUACACAUCCGCUGCAUUUCAAGCUUGGGUGUUCCCUGAACCUUCAUAGGUGGGAUUUUUCUCACGCCCUGCCAUUGUUUGGUUUCCAUUUUGGGCAGCGACGUUGUUCCCCUCUUAAGUUCCCGUUCUGAGCCAUUGCGCCACGCAGCAUUACCUCCGCUCUGGGAUUUCCCAGCGUUUAUGUUCUGCUUCCCGUUUUACAAGUACGGAUGCCCAGGUUUAUUUCCCCCCAACCCCGUUUGGUGGUUAAUUCCUGACCUCCCCUAAGAUUCACGCAGCAUGUCCAGCUACAGCCUUCCCUGUUCUUUUGGUCCCACAGCAGAGUGACAAAGAGUCGUCUGGUUUGGGGGGCUGGGUGGGUCGAAAUUGGUGCCAAAGAUAGUCGACACAAACUUGGGGGUUGCCGGGGGAACAGAACGGGGGUACACUGAGUUUUAUUUGAUUGCGGAGGAUUUCGCCCCACUGUGCGUCUUCUUCCUGUGGAUUUGAACCUGCAGCUCAGGGGAGAAGCUUCUGUUGACAGCUGUGUCUUGCUAAACGCAUUGGAGGAAGGCGGAGCGAUUGCACUAUGUACCAGAGAACCCACACCUUUGCCAGAGAACCCAUGGAAGAGGGCGGGUGUGUUUUCCGGUUGUUGCUGGAAAACGUCUUUGGAGGAGAGAGGAAUUCUGAAGAGCUGUAGCAACGUCCUCUUCUGAGCUUCUGGUUUCCAGAGCCUGAUUUCCAGAUGCACGGAAGGAAAAAACCAUGUGGGAGUUUAGACUCUUUUUGGAUAGCUUAAUGUGGGAAAAAUAAGUGAAUGUAAAAGUUGAAUGUUUUGAAACCACUUGGGUGCCCUGAAUUUUGGGGGUGGUUUUGAGCCGGGAGAGAAACUUCCAUAAAACACUAGAGUGGCCUUCACUGAGGCUGUGUCCUCCGCAUGUUUUGGGGCUCCCAGCCCCUCCUCGGCCCCAGCAGGCCCAGAUGUGAUCCCAGAAGCCCCAGCAUCACACAGCUAGGGUUGCUGGGAGUCGAAAACAUCUGGGUUGUGCGAGGGUGGAAAAAGCAAGCUCCGAAGAUCUGAUUGAGAAAUGCGCCUGCUUCAUGCUUUUGAGUUGUGGGAGGGGGGCGGUCUCUCAACCUUAAACCCUGUUUUGAGGGGGCUUCCCUGGCUGAUCUCCCCUGACCAGGUUAGUAUCCAGCAGCUGCAAAAGGGUCGUGCCACUGAGCUCUGUCCUUCCCCCCCCCCCUGGAAUGGACUCUGUCUGCUACGGUGCGGAUGUUUUCCUUCAUUCAGUUUCUCUGUUACACAAGACUUAACUUGAGCGUUCAACAUGUUGACGUACGUUUCAAGCGUUUUUAAGCACUCCUGUUUCAAAGUGUGCACGACGGGUGGAGAUCUUUGUGGAAGUUGCACACCGCAGCAGCAUUCGGAAAGAAAAGAAAACAAGUGUUAUUUACCUCUGUGGAGAUCUGCACAUGGCAUGUUACCGAUCACUUAGAGUUUCAAUCCAAAGUUUCAAUCCAAAGCGCUGCACCACUUCUGCAACCUGGUGCCCUGCAAAUGUGCUGGGCUCUGCCGACAGGUAACUGAUGGGAUUUGUACUCCCAACACACCUGGAGGGCACCAGAUUGGCAGCGGCUGUGCCAAGCCAUUGGGCACAUUCUUGGUUUGGCUGAAUGAGAAGCGUUGUAUGAGGAUGGGCAGGGCCUUCAUGGUGUUGGGACCUCAGGGGUUGUGCCUGAUGCAGAAUGGAUAUGGUAUUGCUCAGUGUCCUUUGCUGGGUGGCCAGAACAGGUUAAAAAAGGUUUCCUAACUGAUGUGUGAGAUGAGAACCUAUUUCAGGGAUGGGUCCUGGUAGACAGGUGAGCUUGUCCACAUAUCCACCAGCGAAUAUUUUGUGUCCAAAUAUAACUCACUAGGUCCUUGGUAAACCACUUUUUUUGUGUGCUGUUUUUCUGCAACUGCAAAAAAGGUGGUGGUUGUCAAAUAUCUUGAGAUCCAUUAUGGGUGGCCAGGGGUCUCCAUUCAGCACAGCCUUCAGCAACCUGCUGUCCGCUGAGGUUUUUUUGGAACUACAACUCCCAUCAGCCCCCAGCCAGCACAGCAUGAUGGGAGUUGUAGUCCAAAACAAGCUCAGGAGUGUUACCAGAUUGCUGAAGGUUUCCUUUGCUGGCUCAGAAGAUGGACGGGGCAAGGAAGCAGCCUUCCCUCUGCAGAGAGACAUUUGGGAACUUCACGUGACCGGCCUCCCAAGAUGGUCCCAUCACAAGAAACUCCUGGUGGUUAUACCGCUUAUUCACGUACAGCAAUCUGUGGAGUGCCUCUUCUUUCUCUAAAAGGCAAACGGCAACAUUGAAAAGUCGUUUUUGUUUCGUUUUUGUUGAUGUGGCCUUUUGAGAACUGGCAUGGCGAUGUGGUUUUGCAAAAAAGAAGGAUCAUCUUAAUGUGCUGUGAAAAUAAGCAAUUUCCAACCCAGGUCAAUUUUAAAAGUGUUGUCCUGCCUGGAGAAGGCAGGGAUGGAAGUUGCCUUCUGGUUUUUCUCCCCAAACCUAAAAAUUACUGGGGGAAGACAUUCCUGGGAGAUAGUCACUCAGGUUGAAACUUUGAGAGAAAUGUCGAAUCCAGUGUGUGUGUGUGUGUGUGUGUGUGUGUAAGUAAGAGAGAGAGAGAGAGAGAGAGAGACCCUUCCCCGCUUUUCCCUGACCCCUCGGCAUCCUCUGCAUAAGAACUCCAUGUUGAAUCCUUUGUAGCUUUGCCUUCUGGGUCCCCUGGGAAUAUCCUUCCCCUCCUUCUGCGCCCUCUCCAGACACCCAGAUGGUGACCACUUAGACGGGACGCGCGCACAGCAUUAAUGGUGGCUGGAGAGCAGAGAUUCGCCCAGAGCAAGACCUCUCUGCCCCUCAGGGCAACGUGGAUCAGCUCUCCUGGGGUGGUUCUGGCCUGUGGUGAGAGCCAAGAGCUGUCUCUCCCCAGAAGACGCUUGAUGCAAAACUCUCGUGCUUGGAUGAUGCACCUUAUUCCCCCAACUGCUUGAUCCUUUUUGUUGAAUAAAAUUAAGUUUGCCUUUC